CUUGUCUUGUCAAAAUUUCUCUUCUGGUUGGGCAACCAUGUCUUUGAACGCGACCAUCGCGCAGAGCGCCGCGCAUAUAACGAGUGCCCAGCUGUAUGCGGGCGCGGGCACCGACUUUGCGUCGUUGAACUGGUUCGAGCAGCAGUGGGCGGCGUGGUAUCUGUGGAUUGGUAACCCCAUCAUCGCGACUGGUCUUGCCAGCUUCCUGCUUCACGAAAUUGUGUACUUCGGCCGCUGCGUCCCAUGGAUGAUCAUCGACUCCAUCCCGUAUUUCCGCAAGUGGAAGUUGCAGCCUGCCAAAAUUCCCACCAUCGCUGAACAGUGGGAAUGCACCAAGCUCGUCCUGUUCUCCCACUUCACGAUUGAAGCUCCCACAAUCUUCCUGUUCCAUCCUGUCGCUGAGAUCCUUGGCAUGAGCACUUGGCAGGUGCCUUUCCCGCAUUGGAAGGUCAUGCUCCCCCAGCUGGCGUUCUUUUUCUUCUUCGAGGACAUGUUCCACUAUUUCGCCCAUCAGCUCCUCCACACGCCGAUGCUCUACAAGCACAUUCACAAGAUCCAUCACAAGUACUCAGCGCCGUUCGGUCUGGCCGCUGAGUAUGCGCACCCUGCGGAGGUCAUGAUCCUUGGCACCGGCACCAUUGCAGGACCCUUACUCUACUGCUUCUUCACGCGCAACCUGCAUAUCCUCACCGUCUACAUCUGGAUCACGCUCCGCCUCUUCCAGGCUGUCGACGCGCACAGCGGCUAUGACUUCCCCUGGUCUCUCCAGCAUAUCGUGCCCUUCUGGUCCGGCGCAGAGCACCACGACUUCCACCACAUGGCCUUCGUGAACAACUUCUCGACAUCCUUCCGGUGGUGGGAUCGCGUGCUCGGCACGGACGACAAGUACCUCGCCUACCGCUCCCGCAUGCAGGCCGCCAUGAAGGAGGCCCGCGCGAAGGGCCUGUCGGUCCAGCAAAUGAAGGAGGUCGAGGAGCGCAUGGUGAAGGAGGCCGAGGCCGAGGGCGUGCGUGCCGAGGCAGAGGUAGAGCGCUUGGGCGAGAAGGGGAAGAAGGCCAAGACAUCAUGAUUUUAGUGGCUGGGAUAUCCAUCCAUAGACACUCGGAGUGGGGGAGGGGCGUAUAGCCUUAUAUUAUGAACGGGUGUUGAUAAUCUCGUUCUUGCUUUAAUCCUAUAUAUACCGCUGUUUGUUGCUUGGUGCGCACUGUUGUAAACGCACGGUAUCGGGCUACCGUCUUGCCUCCAAGGCCUCAAUCCGGUGCUUCCGUGACCGGUUGGGAGAGC